CAAUCAGGCUCAACUACAGCUAGCUGCUAUGCUAACGCUAUCAAACAGGUUGCUUAGCCCGAAUAGCCCACACUGUUGCGGUAGUUAUAUAAAUGCAGCAGCGUUGUGACAGGGAGCUUGACAACACAUGGAAGAUCGAGUGAACAUGCGGAGAUGUGACUGCAUAUAGGAAAACCUGAAGAUGGACAAGGAGAGCAAACUGUCUACUGCUGUCCUGCAGUCUUUGGACUAUAAACAGCAGCGGAGACAGAAAAGGGAGCCCGCAGAGCUACACACAACCUCAUCCCCACUGAUGUUUCCAAAUCCGUAUGUGUCCGACCAGAGUUUAAGAGGGAACUGGACGUCAGGUCUAACCCCAAAGCAGAAUACAUCAAAUGGGGUGUCAGCAGCAGGAAAAGGAGAUGAUGUGUCAAGGAGUCAUGGCUACAGCAGCAGCCGUCGUGUUAGAGACACCAGUGAGGAUUUACUCCAGAGAGAUAGGGCCACACGGGAUGCACAAGCAAAGACAUCAAAAGGCAACAAUGGCUCUCCUGCUCAUGGCAGAGUUCUCGGCAGAGUUCUCAGCAGAAACUCACUGGAUGCACAGAAAAAAGGUUUAAGAGGAGGCAGAUCUGCCCCAAACUCUGUAGAGAAGUCAAAAGCACUGCAGACAGACUAUGUGCCAUUUGAAGUGAAGAUGACUGAUUUCCCAGAGUUAGCUGGUGGUUUGCUAGGCAAACCAGGACGCCCUCUUGUUCAGAGAGAGAGCUGGGGUCCAACUCCUCCCUCCUCGAGCCCUCAAACACAAACAUCGGCAUCUUCCUGGAAGUCUGUCAGGAGAGGACCCCCAACACAGCUUAACCCCCAACAAAUUGCCAAUAAUGCUAAGCCAGAUUCAUCAGCUGCUUCACCAGGUCAGCUGGUGGUGACAUCCUGGGCUAAUGUCGCCUCUCAGCCUCCAAAGAAACCUGUCCCUGAAGAGAAGACAACCAGCAGCAACCACAUGCAGACGGAAGAAAUGGCUGCACAGCAGGUAGAGGGAGCGCCAGGGAAGAAAAAGCGGAAGAAAAAGAAGAAGAAGAUGAAAGGUGCUGGUGAAGAUGCAGAUGCUGAGUCAGAAGAGCCGGCAAUGUAUCAAGAGCCUCCAAAAUUUGAGGAUGAAGAGGAGUUCCCAGGCUUGACUCCUGCUCGGCCUGGGGUUGAUAGAUUGAUAACAAGCAGCUAUGCAGCCAAACUAUGCAAUGAGGAAAACCAAAGAGAAGGUGUUCAGCAUCAGUCUGCCGACCAAACCAAGGAAAAAUUGCCUGCAUCAAAAACUCCGCUCACAGAGACGACUAAGAAAGGACAGAAAGCUGAAAAGGUUUCUGGGAAGAAAAGCAAAGUUCCUGUUCAGCUGGACAUUGGAAACAUGUUGGCCGCCCUGGAAAAGAAGCAAUCUCAAAAAGCCAAGCAGGACGACAAACCACUCAUUCUCUCAGUUGGUGGAGGACUACCUGUGAAGCAAGCAUUAGUCCAGAAGAAGCCGCCCUGGCAGCAGGAUAAAAUUGCACACAAUCCCCUGGACUCCACCAGCCCUUUGGUGAAGAAAGGCAAGCAGAGAGAGGUGCCCAAAGCCAAAAAACCCACUCCUCUCAAAAAGGUCAUUUUGAAAGAAAGGGAAGAGAGGAAACAAAAGCGUUUGCUGGAGGAGAGAGGACUGCUGCCUGAAAAUGAGUUAAAACCUGCGAGUGAUGCUACAGAAGAAGAAGAGCAGUGUGACACAAACACCACAGUCUCAGAUGAGGUUGGAAGUCCUACAGAAGAACUUGAUGAUCAGUCGGAGUGUAACGGCAUAAACCAGAUGGUGAAAGAGGGUGAUGAAGAGGACGACAAAGACGAGAUCGUAGAGCAACAAACCACCUCACCGGUGCCUUGCCCAGCCAGUCGACCCAAAAUCCACAGCAGAAAGUUCCGAGACUAUUGCAGCCAGAUGCUGAGCAAAGACGUGGAUCAGUGUGUGACGGCUCUGCUGAAGGAGCUGGUGCGUUUCCAGGACCGCCUGUACCAGAAGGACCCCAUGAAGGCCCGCAUGAAAAGACGCAUUGUGAUGGGGCUCAGAGAAGUCCUGAAGCACCUCAAACUCAGGAAGGUCAAGUGUGUCGUCAUCUCACCCAACUGUGAACGCAUCCAGUCCAAAGGAGGCCUGGACGAAGCUCUUUACACCAUCAUCGACACUUGUCGUGAACAAGGGGUGCCGUUCGUGUUUGCCCUCUCGAGGAAAGCUCUGGGUCGCUGCGUCAACAAGGCAGUGCCUGUCAGCCUGGUGGGCAUCUUCAACUAUGAUGGUGCACAGGACUUCUAUCAUAAGAUGAUCGAGUUGUCGUCUGAAGCCAGGACGGCCUAUGAGGUGAUGGUGUCGAGUCUCGAGCAGACCGGCCAGGCAGAGGCAGAGGAGGCAGUGAGCAUUGAGGAAGAGCUGCACAUCAGCAAUCUGGCUGAGGAGGCCGAGCCCAGUCCUGACGCCACACAUCCAGAGGAACCAGAGUACAUAAAAAUUUGGAAGAAAAUGUUGGAGAAGGAUUGCAACCACACAUUUCUGAACUUUGAGGAGCAGCUGAGCUCCAUGCGCUUGGACAGUGUAUGUACUGAAAACACUGAUGAAGAUGAGAAGAGUUGACCGUGGCGAAUCUCUCUGUGCCUAAACAAAAAAUGAACCCGAUCAUGCUCUCGUCAUAUAUUUAGAAGCAACUAGGAUGGACUUAAUCACACAUGCCGAAAAAGAGCAAUACAAGCUGCUCUGCUGCAGUGGUUCUUCUCAACCUGAGGAUUUUGCCAGGAAAUUAAUCAUGUUGCUAAAGUUUGCAAUGAAUUCCUUUAUUUUCUUUUUACAGAGAUAAAUUAAUGUUUGUUGCAAGAUAAUUGGGCAGAGCUGUGUAUUUUAAGAGUGUGUGGGUUAUAAACUGGAGAGGUUUAAUCACUGACUUAUUAGGUCCAAACCACUCACUUGAAGAAAUCCCACAAUAUGAACUUUGAACCAUGUUGUCUGUGAACAUGACUAGAGGAUGUGCAGGGGUUUAUGUGCUGAAUGUGAUUAGAAUAUCAACCAGUUACAGUUCAAAGAAAUCGCCAUAAUGCUGCGUUUUAUUUUCCUCUUAUCAAUUCAGUUUAAAGUAUUUUUCCAGCAUUUUUUCCUAUAUUGGAGGGAAACAUUAGAGAGUUGAUUAGAGAGUUGACUAGAGAGUUGACUAGAGAGGGAGAGGAGA